AUGAUUCCUGCACAUCUGCACCGGGGCUGCGAAGGGCUGAUCCUGCUGGGAGUCCUCCUGGGGAUCCUGUGGGAAACUGGAUGCACCCAAAUCCGCUACUCAGUUCCUGAGGAGCUGGAGAAAGGUUCCAUUGUGGGUAAUAUUGUCCAUGAUCUGGGACUGGAGCCCCAGGAGCUGGCGGAGCGUGGAGUCCGCAUCGUCUCUCGAGGUAGGAUGCAGCUUUUCGCUCUGAACUGGAGAAGCGGCACGUUGAUCACAGCGGGUAGGAUAGACCGGGAGGAGCUCUGUAUGGGGGCCAUCAAGUGUCAAUUAAAUCUAGAGAUUCUCAUUGAGGAUAAAGUGAAAAUAUAUGGAGUGGAGAUAGAAGUGAGGGACGUUAAUGAUAACGCCCCCUACUUCCGAGAAGGUGAACUAGAAAUAAAAAUGAUUGAAAAUGCAGCCACUGGGAUGCGGUUCCCUCUUCCCCACGCUUGGGAUCCUGAUAUUGGGAAGAACUCUCUCCAGAGCUAUGACCUCAGCCCGAAUACUUACUUCUCUUUGGACGUGCAAAGCGGGACGGAUGGAAACAAGUACCCAGAGCUGGUGCUGGAGCGCUCCCUGGACCGCGAGGAAAAGGCUGUUCACCACCUGGUCCUCACGGCUUCCGACGGGGGCGACCCGAUCCGCAGCGGCACCGCCCGUAUCCGUGUUACGGUCGUUGAUGUGAAUGACAACUCUCCAGUGUUUACUCAGUCCGAGUACCGCGUGAGCGUUCUGGAGAAUGUGGCCGUGGGCACUCAACUUCUCCUGUUAAACGCCACCGACCUUGACGAAGGAGCCAAUUCGGAAGUGACGUAUUCUUUCCGGUAUGUGGACGACAAAGCGGUUCAAAUUUUCAAACUAGAUUAUAAUUCGGGAACCAUUUCAACAAUAGGAGAGCUCAACCACGAGGAGUCAGAAUUCUACGAGAUGGAAGUGCAAGCAAUGGAUAAUGCUGGAUAUUCAGCUCGAGCCAAGGUCCUGAUCACAGUUCUGGACGUGAAUGACAAUGCCCCAGAAUUAGUUGUCACCUCUCUCAUCAGCUCUGUUCUGGAAGACUCUCCCAGAGGGACAUUAAUUGCUCUUUUAAAUAUAAAUGACCAAGACUCUAAGGAAAACGGGCAAGUGAUCUGUUCCAUCCAAGGAAAUCUACCCUUUAAAUUAGAAAAGUCUUACGGAAAUUAUUAUAGUUUAGUGACCAACACAGUCUUAGAUAGGGAACAAGUUCCUAGUUACAACAUUACGGUGACCGCCACCGACCAGGGAAGUCCACCCCUGUCCACAGAAACUCACAUUUUGCUGAAUGUGGCAGACAUCAACGACAACCCACCUGCCUUCCCUCAAGCCUCCUACUCUGCCUAUAUCCCAGAAAACAACCCCAGAGGCACCUCCAUCUUUUCUGUGAGCGCCAAGGACCCUGACGCUGAUGAAAACGCCCAGGUCACUUACUCCCUGGCUGAGAACAUACUCCAGGGAGCUCCGCUGUCUUUAUCAGUCUCCAUCAACUCUGACACUGGAGUUCUGUAUGCACUGCGAUCGUUCGACUAUGAACAGUUUCGAGAGCUACAGCUGUGGGUGACAGCACGUGACAGUGGGACCCCUUCGCUCAGUAGCAAUGUGUCAUUGAACAUUUUCAUAAUGGACCAGAAUGACAAUGCCCCUGAGAUCCUGUACCCCAUCUUCCCCACUGAUGGUUCCACUGGUGUAGAACUAGCACCUCGAUCUGCAGAGCCCGGCUACCUGGUGACCAAGGUGGUGGCAGUAGACCGUGACUCAGGACAGAACGCUUGGCUGUCGUACCGCCUUCUCAAGGCUAGCGAGCCAGGGCUCUUCUCGGUAGGGUUGCACUCAGGCGAGGUGCGCACUGCGCGGGCCCUGCAGGACAGAGACGCGCUUAAACAAAGCCUCGUGGUGGUCGUCCAGGACCAUGGCCAGCCCCCUCUUUCGGCCACCGUCACACUUACUGUGGCCGUUGCUGACAGCAUCCCAGAUGUAUUGGCAGACCUGAGCAGUCUUGAGACUCCUGCCAACCAGGACAAUUCAGGCCUCACGCUGUACCUGGUGGUGGCCGUGACCUCUGUCUCCUGUGUCUUCCUCAUUUUUGUCAUCGUGCUCCUGGCGUUAAGGCUGAAACGCUGGCACAAGUCUUCGCGCCUGCUACAGACUUCAGGAGGCGGGUUGGCGGGUGUGCCUGCCACGCAGUUUGUGGGCGUGGAUGGCAUGCAGGCCUUUCUACAAACCUAUUCCCAUGAGAUCUCUCUCACUGCAGACUCACGGAAGAGUCAUUUGAUCUUUCCGCGGCCCAACUACGCAGACACCCUGAUCAGUCACGACAGCUGUGAGAAGAGCGAGCCUCUUUUGCUGUCAGGUGAUUUUUCUAAAGACAAUACAUUAGUUCAGCCGGCGCUAGCGCAUUCUUCGUGCAAUUAUUGGCUGGGACUGUGUGUGCCGCUGUCGUCCAAUGAAGACGAUGGAGAUCUGGCCCCGGCCCGUCCCCUUUCGGAGCCCCGGGAUGAGACAGAGACUGAACAACCGGCGAGCAAAUCAACGGCAUCCAUAAAGCCAUGUCCGACUCGGCGCCCAGCGCCCAAGCGCUAA